UAUAAUAAUUAAGUUUGCAUAUUGCAGUCAGCCACGUAUAUGGUUUAAACCAUGAAAAAUUUAUUGUGCGACUCUGCAUAUUGCGCACCGUAAUACGUAAUCAUAAGAGAGAUCCAUUACGACUUGUGUUUCAGUGUCUCUCUUUCUUUGAUUUCUUUUCUUAGAUAAAAAAGAAAACCCAGAAUAUUUCAAGAGGCAUGAUAUGUAAAUCAAGGCACCAACCGCCUAGAUUCCCCACGUGCACACUGCUCUAAUCAUUCAAAAUCUUGGUCUUAUCCUUAAUAUGAUUCUUGAUCCUGGUCCGUAAUUGAAUCUUGAGUUCUCCAGAGCUUCCAAAGAGAAAUACAGAGCUUUCUUGGUUAAUUUCUUUGUUGAUUGAUACCUUAAGAGUUACUGUUAACAAAUGGAUGGUCCGGCCAGGCAAACAAGCUUCCGGCGGAGUAAGAUGACGAAGCAGUUGACAGGGAAAAGGGAUGAUUCUCCGUUCCAUGCGGCGGCAAGGGCAGGAAAUCUGGAAACGGUUUUGGAGAUUGUGUCUGAAACUGAUGAAGCAGAAUUGAAGGAGUUGUUGUCUAAGCAGAAUCAAUCAGGAGAAACUGCACUCUAUGUUGCUGCUGAGUAUGGGCAUGUUGAAUUAGUGAAGGAGAUGAUAAAGUAUUAUGAUAUUGGUUUGGCUGGUAUUAAAGCAAGAAAUGGGUAUGAUGCUUUUCAUAUUGCUGCAAAGCAAGGCGACUUGAAAACAUUGACAGUUCUGAUGGAGGCUAAUCCUGAACUUGCAAUGACUUUUGAUUCAUCGAACACCACCGCGCUGCAUUCUGCAGCUUCACAAGGCCAUGUUGAAGUGGUGAAUUUCCUCUUGGAGAAAGGUAGCAGCAACUUGGUCACCAUAGCAAAAAGCAACUCUAAAACUGCCUUGCAUUCAGCCGCAAGAAAUGGGCAUUUGGAGAUUCUGAGAGCCCUUCUGAUUAAGGAACCUGGAAUUGCUACAAGGAUUGAUAGGAAGGGCCAAACAGCUCUCCAUAUGGCUGUUAAAGGACAGAAUGUUGAGCUGGUGGAUGAGCUCAUUAUGUCUGAGACUUGUUUGAUAAACAUGGUUGAUUCUAAGGGCAACACUCCACUGCAUAUUGCGGCCCGUAAGGGUAGGACUCAGAUUGUAAAGAAGUUACUUGAACACAAAGGACUUGACAAAAUAGCUAUUAACAGAUCUGGAGAAACAGCCUUCGACACUGCUGAGAAAACUGGACAAUCUGAAGUUGCUUCCGUGUUAGAAGAGCACGGCGUACAGUCUGCCAGAUCUAUGAAGCCAGGCACAACAACAACAGCCCGUGAGCUAAAGCAAACUGUUAGUGACAUAAAACAUGAGGUUCACGACCAGAUUCAAACCACACGACAAACGCGAAAACGUGUUCAAGGUAUAGCCAAACGGUUGAACAAAAUGCACACAGAAGGUCUCAAUAAUGCAAUCAACUCAACCACUGUUGUUGCUGUACUGAUUGCUACGGUUGCAUUUGCUGCCAUAUACCAAGUCCCCGGUCAAUUUGCCGAUAACCCAGAGCAUCUUGCUCUGGGACAAUCUGCUGGAGAAGCAAAUGCUGCUUCAAAACCUGAGUUUAUGAUUUUCAUCAUAUUUGAUUCAAUUGCUCUCUUCAUAUCGCUGGCUGUUGUGGUUGUCCAAACUUCAAUUGUAGUUAUAGAGAGAAAGGCAAAAAAGCAACUCAUGGCAGUGAUUAACAAGCUAAUGUGGCUAGCCUGUGUACUGAUUUCGAUUGCGUUCCUUGCACUAGCAUAUGUUGUUGUGGGAGAUCAGGAAAAGUGGUUGGCUCUUUGGGUAACUGGUAUAGGGACUGUAAUCAUGGCAGCUACUAUUGGAACAAUGUGUUACUGGGUAAUCAUGCAGAAAAUUGAGUCUUCCCAAUUGCGGAGGUCAUCAAUAAGUAGAUCGCUAUCAGGGUCAAUGUCAGUUAUGGCAGAAACAGAAAUUUUGGAGAAUGAGCAUAAGAAACUCUAUGCAAUUUGAGAUUUGUUUUCUUGAUGCAUAGAAAUAUUUGGUCCUUAAUUUGUAUAUAGCUCAGUGUAACCUUAUUUCAACCAUUUUGCUUCUCACUCAAGCUGAGUGACUCGCACUUUUUGACAAUCUGCCAGAAGCAGAGAAUCACAACCUUUUUAUGUUGAAGUCAAUAGUAACUACAAAUUAGUAACUGA